AUGGCGAACCCUGCCGAGGAUACUCCCAAUGGUCCUCCGAGCACAGAACGAGGCCUUCAAAACCCCCCUGGGACAGAUCCAGUGAGUUUGCUGACAAACAAGAGCACCGGUCGCUCUGAGCGUGCAAUAGCACUGUCCACACUAUUGAUCUCUAUCAACAAGGGCCGCAUGUCCCUCCUAGAGCUCGUGCAGCAGCUUCAGUGCAGCCUGGUUUCUGAGGACUCAGCGGUCCGACGGCUGGCAGUGGAGCUCCUGUCGGAUGUCAUUGAGCGGUUGCCUAAGCUCCCACUGGGUAGCGUACAAGUGAAGACUGUUGGACGAUUCUUCGUGGACAAGCUCGAGGACUGGGUCUGCAUCGAGUACGCUUUGAAGGGCCUUAUAGGCCUCCUCACCAACCACGGUCGUAAACUGGCCUCAGCCAAUCUGACAGUAGAGGAGGUCAAUAAGGAAGCUGAGACGGACGACUACAUCGGCAUGCUUCUGACAGGCGACGAGCGCUUCGAGGGAUCAAAUGGGGUUCAGCCUCUAGCCUUCCACUGUGACAUUUUUCUCCACGUUAUCGUAAAGCACGUAUUACUUUACGUUAAUGCACCUUCGCAGAGUCAACCCGUACGGUAUGCCGUGUUGAAGCUGUUGGAGUUGGUGAUAGUACAGCCUGAGCUCCGAGACCAGGUUAUCAGGUCGAGGGCAGUGGCGAAGGUCUUGGCCCAGGGUGUGGUCAUGGAGUGUGAGGACGAGAGGGACCCUAGGAAUCUCCUGCUGGCCUUUGAGCUCCAACGGGAAGUCGUCUGCUUCUAUGCAGAGCACCUGAAUAAGCUUGCGGGAGACGUUAAAAACGCUGAAGAAUAUUCUGAUGGAGGGUUCGAACCUGCGACAGAGCUUGCCAGCUUUGCACAGAUAGUCUUCGAGUCGGCCACUGUGUACUUCCCCGUUAAGUUCCAGCAACGCGACUCCGAUGUGGCGGACAUCUCCCAAGAGAAGCUCAGUCGAUCACUUUACAAUGUCCUAUUCGAGAGCGAGGAAGCCAUGGUCCGUCUAGCGAUGCCCUCCCUCCUGGACGUCCUGGCCAACCCUGAGGACGAGCUCAGCAUGCUCACCGCGCAGCGCUACAUCAGCGAGGCUAUCGUUACAAGCCCCUAUAAGGAGUUCAUCGCAAAGGAGUACUGUCGUAGAACCUUCUCAGUUUGCCUCGACCAAGUGACCAAGGAAAGCGCGCCAUUGAAGUAUCUCCUCUGUGAGCUCUGGCUGGCCUUCGUUCGAGAGACCGGAGCCAGCAACUGCCGGGAUGCAGUGGAGUCUCUCCUUUUCAUGUUUGCCAAGUCCGCUGAGUCCGACGAUGAGGCCAAAGCUGUCGGGGUUCAGCAGCUCCUGCUGGCGAGUGGCAGAGGCAGCUUUGAGUUCUACGAUGAGAUUGCGAGACGGGCUAUUGUACCAGCGAUGAGUUCACCACAAGUCAUCAUAGCCAACAAGCAUGCGGUGGUAGACUUCUGUAUCAAGUUCCUCAGUGAGGGAACCAUAUGCGAUGAAGGUCUCGCUGAGCAGGCGGCUGAGUGUUUGCUCAAACUUCAAGAUAAGGACAUCCAACCGGCGCUAGCAGCAGUGGUCCCAGCAUGUGGCGCGGACUCCCCCGUAGCGAGCAAGGCCAUGAACGUGGCUAUUGCUCGUGGCUGGGCGAGUGUUGUUAAGAAGGUCUAUCCUCGACAUCCUCACAUCACACUGAAUGAGGUCGUCCCUGCCCUGCGGCAACAAGCUCCUCAUUCGAGUGCCUUGGCCUGUGCCGUGGUGGCACAAAUCUUCGCUGAUCAUCCGGCUGAGGCCAAGUCCCUACUGAGCACAAUCAGUGUGUCUGAAAUAGCGAAGUCGCCGGAGUGGUCAGAAGAUGCUUACGACUUCUUAAUGGAUAGUCUACCUGAGGUGGCGACUUGGCCAUGGCCUCUCAUCGUGGCUAGUCCCAUUAACGAAGGCUCCUUGGCUUCUCUUGCAUGUAUGCUGUCGAUCGGAAAUCAAUCUAUGUGCCAGAAGGUGGUCGCCCUGGUCGAAUCCAAUCCUCGAAAAUUCGCCGGCUUGCUUGCUGGUCUCCCUCGGGAUGAGCUCGGUGAAUGCCCCGUGUCUAACUGGUCUGCGCUGUUCGAGUCUGUGGUGAUUGAUCCCCCAGCCGCCCUCAACGUGCUGGAGGUGUGCCCCGAUGAUGCAUUUGAUGCCUGCUUAUCAGGAUCUCUGACGAAGGAUGCUGAUCCUGCUAUUUGGGCAACUGUUAUGAAGGUCGGGGUAGACCGCGAGCCGUCCAGGGCUAUCGAGCUAGGGAAGUCUUCAAUGACAAUACCUGGCUUGAAGCAACUCCUCCAUAGUAGCGUGACCGAACUGGAUACUCCCAAAAAGGAAGCAAUAGUCGCCGGCCUAUACGACCCUACCGCAGACGGAGAUGUGUCUACAUGCCUAUUCAGUGCGCUGGAGACGUCUGGUCUUGAACCCUACGGUGACGAGCCCAGGAAGUCUAUGUUGUUGGGUUUAAAGAAGGGCAAAGGCGAGGCCUUCGUAUUCGCUUGCAAGUUGUUCCUGCGGCUUCUAUCGAGGCCACUGCUGAGGGCGGACUCUCAGAGUAUCAUCCCUCACCUUUGCGAUGCGCUCGAGUCCGGGGACUGUCGACCGCUUACGUCGAUAGCAGCCUGUCAGUGUCUUUACGAGAUUGGUAAGAUGAGUGACUUGGCGGAACUCAUCCCCAAACAGUAUUUCCAGGAAGUCUUCCACGCAUUGAAGCAUCCCUUGGCUCACCAUAAGAUGGUGGUUAGGCGACAGGCUACCGUAACGUAUGGAGUCUGGAUGUGUGCUCAAGUGGAUGGAUUCUGUGAUCGAUGACUCGUUCCUCAGCUUGUACGGUUUCACU